AUGUCUUGGAAAUUGAUUGAGCCUGUCUCGGGACAGGUCUGGCACGCAAUCGUACCACAACGCUCGCCGGCCUACGAGUACGAGCCUAUCACGCCACAGGAUGUCCAGGACGUCGUGGCCGUCCUGUAUGGACGCACAGAGCUUUGUUUCUCGUGGCCGAUCUUGCUGCUGCUGCAACCUCGCGCCAGCCGUCGCCGGCUAUUAUGGAGCAGACAGGGCCGAUCGUGA